AUGUAUUUGCAGAGUAACUUGCAAGAUAACGUAUUCUGCGCUAUCCCAAACUUCUGGGACGGUUUCUUUGAAAAAAAGGUUUGGACCGACCAGGCUUCUCGUAUAUGGGAAAGCUAUAAAAAGUAUGAGGUUGCUGAGGAGAAUAAAAGAUUGAAGGAGCUAAAAUCAAAAAAAACCGCAAAAGGUGUCGAGGAACAGAAACGUCUUCAAAGAGACAAGGAAGAGAAAAUCCAUGAAGAAGGCACGACUGAAAGUGAGACAUGGAACUGGCUCACCUUCUUUGAGGAGAAUUUCCUAAAUCAGCUCAAUGGUCGCACAACAAGGUCCACAAAAUACCCCACAGUCAUCGAAGAUAAGUGCUCCCUUCUGCGGGGGCGGUAUUGUCGUACAAAUAAGAUGCGACGCGCUCAGGAGUCUACGGGUACUACUCAGAUUGAUUUUCUGAUUAAAAGCAUUGAAAUACAGAACGAUAAUGUUGAUUGGAAAAACAUGAACAUAGGGGCUGAGUUCACAGUAUCACCGAGUACGUCUAUAAGAAAGAAAAAGUUCCUCCAACUAUCAAGAUGUGCACGUGAAGCAUACUGCGAUCAGCCCCUGCGGCGAUUUAUGCACGGAUUUCUGAUGUUUAAAGAAGAAUUCGAACUCUGGAUUUUCGAUCGCUCGGCCGCCUACAGCUCGGGCAGAAUGGGUAUUAUAGAUAGCAAGGAGAUUUUCGUUCGAGCAUUAUGCUCGUAUUUGUUGAUGAGCGAUGAGGAACUUGGCCGUGACAUGUCAGUACUGCGAAAAAAUGGACAAUCCAUAGCAAGUUUCACAGGAAGUGAUGGUAACUCAGACCAAUUAUUUGAGAUCAAAUAUGAUCCUCUCAUACAGUCAACGACCCUAGCUACUCGAGGGACGACCUGCUAUAAGACAAGGGACAAAUUAACAAUGAUAGAGUACCCGUGGAGCAGGUCUGCGGAUAACGCCGAUGUCAGAUUCAUGAAGUAUGCACGUUCAGUACCAGGUGUCGUGAAGUACAUAGCAUCACAGUUAGUAUAUCAGACUAACAGUCACCUGGAAAACCUCGAUCUUUCCGGCACCGACCCCUGGGAUUUAAAGGCCGACGACUAUAAUAUAACCCAGGGCUCAAAUUACCAUCUUAUGACCCUACCGUCUUUGGAAAGAAAACGGGUUCUUUUCAGGAUUGCCAUGACACCAUGUGGCAGAAAAAUUGACACACGCGGGUCGAUCCUUGAAAUUGUGGCCGGAAUUAGAGAUGCGAUCAAGGCUCACCAGGGUCUUGUUGAUAUCAGUAUCCUACAUGGAGACAUUUCAGAAGGAAAUAUUAUCCUGAAAGAUCUAACUACAGAUGAUAACUCUCAUGGUAUGCUGGUUGACUUUGAUUGUUCAGUGAAGUUGAAAGGAGACGUCGCCGAGGAUGAAGAAUUGUUCUUAACAGGUACCAUGAAAUUCAUGGCGCUUGAGAGAUUAGAGAACGCGAAUUUUUUAAAGUCUACGAUCCGACGGACUUAUCGCCAUGAUCUAGAAUCCUUUUUCUACGUUCUAGUUGUAGGAUCCGUAGAAUACGAAUCGGUAGGCGAGGGAAAGUCUCAAAAUCUUGACGUUUGGUGUGUGAAUGAAACUAGCAGCUGCUACCCUCAUAAACUAGCUCUCAUCACUCAACUCGAAAAGCUUCUCGAUAUGUUCACGCCAAGUUUCAAAGGACUAAAAGAGCUAGCCAAGAAUCUUAGAACAAUUCUAUUUAAAGAUGGAACCUUUUUCGCAACACCUGAAGAUCGUGGAUCAAUAUACAGGAAAAUGAUUAUGGCUUUUGACGAAACUAUCGAGGACAUAAAAGCCGGAAGAAUCAUAAAUCCAACCUUCAUAGCACGUCGGUAUCAGUCCACCAUUCGAGCUUUUACUCGCAGAAAUUUAAUUCGACAUUUGCCUGUUAGAUAG